AUGGGCUUCGAGCUUCAAAGGGCGCUGUCCUGUCCGUAUCCUAAGAGCGGACCCGCUGCUACAGACAGGCCCAGCGGAAGACCCAGAAAGGGACGCGCGGUGAAGAGGCCGGAGUCGACCGGACAGCUGGAGAAUAAAUCGACAGUCGUUGGAAACAGGUCAGGGUCGGAUUCGGUUGCCGGCGGUUGAUGGGAACUUUCUUUUCUUUCCUCGCUCCUUUCUCGGGGUGGCUUCAUAUAUAAGCUGAUUCCAGCAGAUAUAUGGGUUUGUACCAGUGGUGGUAUAGAAAUUGCCGUUGAAGAGUAUAAAUAUAAGAAGGUUCGUACCGGCC